CUGAUGUGGCCAAAAAACUGAACAAUUUGUUAACAACAUGUUAUGAUAGUGAAAUUUUGGCAUAUUUACAUAAAGGUGAAAGUGCAUAGUUUACAGUCAUGGCCUAUCAGUCCUUCUUAAAUGAGUAUAUGAAGAUACCUUUGGUUACAAGGGUCUAUACCACUGCGUGUGUUGUCACUAGUCUUCUUGUUCAAUUGGAUUUAGUUACACCAUUCCAAUUAUAUUACAAUUACAUGCUGGUGUGGAAACAUGGGCAGUACCAUAGAUUCAUCACAACCUUCCUCUUCUUUGGAUCGUUUGGAUUCAAUUUUUUCUUCAAUAUGAUAUUUACAUACAGAUAUUGCCGUAUGCUGGAGGAAGGCUCUUUUAGGUCGAGGACAGCCGACUUUGUCAUGAUGUUUUUUAUUGGUGGCAUCAGCAUGAUUCUCUUUGCAUUUUUCGUCGAUUUACUAUUCCUUGGACAAGCCUUUACCAUAAUGCUCGUAUAUGUUUGGUCAAGACGAAACCCAUUUGUCAGGAUGAAUUUCUUUGGCAUUAUUAAUUUCCAUGCACCUUAUUUACCAUGGGUGUUAUUCGGAUUUUCGCUGCUCUUGGGUAAUCCAGUAUACGUAGAUCUAAUGGGAAUUGCCGUCGGUCACAUCUACUAUUUCCUAGAAGAUGUUUUCCCCAAUCAACCUGGCGGAUUCCGCAUCUUGAGAACCCCCCAAUUCUUGAAAUACUUGUUGGACGGACAACAAAACCAACCCGAAUACGUAAUGAUGGAGGAGGAUCGGCCGGGCGGUUUCGAAUGGGGAAACGAGAGACCAAAUAAUGAAAACAAUGUUGAAAAUUGAUGAAAAAAAAAUACAUCAACAUGUGUUAUAUAUGAGAGAAUGCGAGUGUCUUGUAAUACAAAUACAAGUAACCAGUAAAAAGA